AUGUCGUUCAUCGACAACAUUAAACUUGAUCAAGAGAUUCUCUUAAAUGCAGCGAAUCGAGUACAACGCUUAAAAAUGUUUCCUUAUUUCGCUAUCGCACAUUUUAUACUCAUGAUCAUAGGAAUUCGUGAUGAUUUGGGUACAGGUGCGUCAAUUUUUUCGCGAAAACAUCCACUUAGCUGUUGGGCUUCAUCGAUGUUAAUGUGCUUUGCAGAUAGCAUUUUUGCUCAUUUUCUUUUAGGCGAACCACUUAUCACUCCAUUUAAACGUCAUGAAGAAGUUCUUGUUGCAACUUUAGUUUGGUAUCUCGUAUUUUACUCUCCAUUCGAUUUAAUUUAUAAAAUUUCUAAAAUAUUACCCAUAAAAGUAGUUUUAUGUGUAAUGAAGGAAAUAUUUAGAACAUAUAAGGUAGCUCAUGGUGUAUCACAUGCCGCGAAACUCUAUCCGAAUUCGUAUAUAAUUCAUGUAUUAGUUGGAAUAGCAAAAGGUGCUGGCUCAGGAAUACUUAAAACUUUAGAACAGCUCAUACGAGGUGUUUGGAUCCCAUCAUACAAUGAAAUUCUUCGGCCAUCAUUUUCAACAAAAGCUUGCUUCAUCGCUGCAAUUAUUUUCACGUUGGACAAGCAAACACAAUAUAUCUCAGCACCACAUGAUGUCGUCUACUUGGGAAUUGUUGGUUUUUUUAUAUAUUUCAAGUUAAGUGCAAUACUUUUGAACGUUCAGGAUCCUUUCGCACCUUUUGAAAAUCUUUUCUGUGCAAUAUUCAUGGGUGGAAUUUGGGAUGCAAUGUCAAGGUACAAUUAUUUUAUUUAA